AUGAAUCCCCACCAGCAGAACAAAGUCGAUAUCAACUCGAUGAGCCCCGAGGAGCAGCGUCUGCUGCGCCUGUACGGCAAAAUGCCCACCAAGAAAGACCUCCUCCAGAACAAGCUCAAGGAACGCAAAUACUUCGACUCGGGCGACUACGCCCUCAGCAAAGCCGGCAAAGCCUCGGAUGUCGGCGUCACCAGCAUCGGCUCCCGCCACCCGGUCCCGGAGAACAUCCCCCACCUCACCGCGACCUCACCAGGAGCCACGAACCCAGGCGCCAUCAAUGGAGGUAGCACCGCAGGGCUCGGCCAAGCGAUCCCCGGCAGUAUCAGUGGACAUCCAGGCUCGAUCGGCUUCCAGGGCCGCUCGCCCGUGAAAGAGGGUAGCUAUCUGCAGCGCGGUUCGAGUCUCAGUGAGGCUUCGGGUCUGAAUGAUGAUGGUGCUGGUGGUAGCAACGAGGCCACGGAGUCUAACGUUAGCCCACCAGCCGCCCGGGAAGGUGUUCCCAUUCGCCAGUGA